CUUUGUUUGGAUCAAUAAUAUGCGGUUGUUUCUCUAUAGUAUCUGGUGUAGACUAUUCAAACAUGAAAAUAAAAAUAGUGACAAACGAUUUAAUAAUUCAUAAUGAUUUGGCUAGUUCUGUCGAUUGGAUGUCUUGUGAUGAAAUAAUUUCGGCUGCAGAUGAUCGAGCAGUUAAAUGUUGGAAUCUGACUACGGAUCAAGUAGUAGAUUUAUUUAGCUUACCCCAAAAUGUAUUCCCAACUUGUAUGGACUGGUUUCCUAGACAAAGAACGAAGCAAGCUACUAAAACCUCAACAGGGAGUGAAAUAUUCUUACUCGGAGCGACUGAUGGAAAAUGCCACAUUAUUUCCAAAAGAGGAAGAAUAGAACGAACUUCGGAUGCUCACCAAGGGGCUGUUCUGUCUGCGAAAUGGAAUUUUGAUGGAACUUCUUUCGCUACAUCCGGAGAAGAUGGCCAAAUAAAAGUUUGGUCACGAAGUGGGAUGUUAAGAUCUACUUUGUGUCAACACAGUUAUCCUAUCUACUCGAUUUCGUGGGGUGCUAACUCUAAUGUGAUGUUUUUCUCUCUUGACAAGCAACUAGUUGCACAACCUCUUCAAGCAAAUGCUAAACCGUCUGCGUGGAAAGCUCAUGAUGGCGUCAUUUUGCAAGUUGAUUGGAAUAUGAUCAACGAUCAACUUAUUUCCGCUUCAGAAGAUUGUAAAUAUAAAGUAUGGGACAGUGUUGGGAGGCUCUUACACUCAAGUGCACCUUUUGAGUAUCCAGUUACGUCAGUUUCAUGGUCUCCAGAUGGUCAAUUGUUCGCAGUUGGAUCGUACGCUACCGUAGUAUUGUGUGAUAAACUUGGGUGGAUUCAUAACUUAGAGAGAACACACACUGGUAGUAUUCUCAGUAUUAAAUGGUCUCCUGAUGGUAAUCAAAUAGCAUGUGCUGGUGGAAAUGGUCGAAUAAUUAACGGACAAGUAAUUGAAAGAUUUUUAGAAUGGAAUGGCUUUGAAGCAUUAGUAACUGAUGAACGAACUUCUGUACUACAAAAUCUACGCAAUGAAUCAAUAGAACGUUUAGAAUUCCGUGAUCGUAUAUCAAAAAUAUCGUUUAGUUUCAAUCACUUCAUUGUGGUAACUGCCACACAGUGUUAUGUAUACAAUAUUAAAAAUUUCAAUACACCUACAAUUGUUGAUCUCAAAGAGUGCAGCGUUACUCAUAUUGCUCAAUGUCAAAAAUAUUUUGCUUUAGCUGAUGGAUCCAGUGUAUAUGUAUACAAUUAUGAUGUACGCCUUGUUUGUUCGCUGAAACAUGCUAAUAUACAUGCGGAACAAAUUUAUGCCGAUUCUUUAUCAAUUAGUAACGAUGUAAUUGGUAUUAAAGAUCAAUUAGAUAAGAAAGGUUAG